AUGAUCACUAGAGAUGGCGCAAGGAUAAAUUCGGUGCCAUAUAAAGACAAUGAACAGCAGGCCAAUAAAAUUCCUGACUACUGGUAUUUGAAUAUCGAGAACUAUGCCGUUCUUCGGUUAACGAAGGAAGAAGAUCGACUUUCCGCGCUCUUCGGGAUUGCAAGUCGCACAUUCGAAGCUCUAAAUCGAUUAUCAAAGUCAAUUUCAUCACAUGAAUCUGAGGAUUUGCAGGAUCCUCAGUAUGUUGCCGGGUUGUGGAAGAUUCGUAAAAUUGACGGCUCGUUAUCCUCAAGGGGAUUUCUUUGGUAUUUUUUCAGAGGCACCCGUUCCUUGAAAAGAUCGGAAAGAUUUGUGGCACCAACAUGGUCAUGGGCGUCAGUCGUGUGUCAAAAUACUGAUAAUGGUCGGGCCAUGAACACCUUCUAUGUCCCAGAUCAACGUGCUGACAGUUCCUUUGCAAUUGAAGAUGUCAGUUGCACGGUAGAAGGUGUCAAUCCGUACGGGGCAGUAUCCUCUGGUAAACCCAUAGUCCGUGGGAAGUUGAUGCUAGCCGGAGACGUUCGAGACUUUUAUACCGAAGAUCAUAGUUUGAAAUCGAAUUUAGGAGAUACAAUUUUAAAUUAUUCAACAAAACUUCACUACGAGGAACGUGAUCUAGACGUUGAUGGUUGUCAGCCAGAAUACAGUCAUGGGGAAACAUACAUGUUACAGGUCUCACAUCAAAAUCAAACCGGUUGGGAACCGCGAGGGUUAGCGCUCAUAUUGCAGCGGGUUAAAGAGGAAAACAUUUUCAUUGGCGGCGAUAGUAAGUUCAGACGCAUUGGACUCGCUCAACUUUACAGCGGGCCAGGCCCAUUAGAAUCAAUCAAGGAAACUUCUUCGGUAACGAUUAUAUGA